GGAGAGAUUCCGUGGAAGGAAGGGGCGGGUAGUGCACGGAUUUGCGGGGAGUGAGCGGUAUUGAUUGAAAAAAAGGAGGGCUUGGGAACAUGCACAGCCUGGCCACGGCGGCGCCUGUGCCGGCAGCUCUUGCUCAGGUGGAUCGAGAGAAAAUAUAUCAGUGGAUUAAUGAAUUGUCCAGCCCUGAUACCCGUGAGAAUGCCUUACUUGAGCUCAGCAAAAAGAGAGAAUCCGUUCCAGACCUUGCGCCUAUGUUGUGGCACUCGUUUGGCACAAUCGCAGCACUUCUACAGGAAAUUGUUAAUAUCUAUCCCUCAAUAAAUCCACCAACUUUGACCGCACAUCAGUCUAACAGAGUUUGCAAUGCUUUGGCACUACUUCAGUGUGUGGCAUCACACCCAGAAACCAGAUCUGCGUUUCUUGCUGCCCAUAUUCCUCUGUUCCUGUAUCCUUUCUUGCACACAGUCAGCAAGACUCGACCCUUUGAGUACCUGCGACUUACCAGCCUAGGAGUCAUUGGUGCACUUGUGAAAACUGAUGAACAAGAAGUCAUAAACUUCCUUCUUACCACAGAAAUAAUCCCAUUGUGCCUACGUAUUAUGGAGUCCGGAAGUGAACUCUCCAAAACAGUUGCCACUUUUAUCCUACAGAAGAUUCUGCUAGAUGAUACAGGUUUGGCUUAUAUUUGCCAAACGUAUGAGCGCUUUUCUCAUGUUGCAAUGAUUUUGGGGAAAAUGGUUCUACAACUUUCUAAGGAGCCAUCAGCAAGGUUGCUGAAACAUGUAGUUCGCUGUUACCUCCGCCUCUCGGAUAAUCCAAGAGCACGAGAGGCAUUGAGGCAGUGCUUACCUGACCAGCUGAAAGAUACCACUUUUGCACAGGUACUCAAGGAUGAUACCACAACCAAGCGCUGGCUGGCACAGCUUGUUAAGAACCUGCAAGAAGGUCAGGUCACUGACCCUAGAGGAAUACCCCUGCCUCCCCAGUAAUAUCCUCACAAACAGGAGGAAAAAUGUGAAGCAGCUUGUUCAGUUUGCAGAGCAAACAGCACGAGGAGAGGAAUAUAAUGGGACAAUAAAAUGUUGGCACUGCUCUUGCUUGCCUCCUGGUAUAGUCCUGCUGCAUUGCGUCUAAAAGUAGGUGAACCACCAAACAAGUCAAGAAGGGUACAGAGCUCGGCACCAGCAAUAAAAUUGGACUGCUCCAUAAACUAAGCAAAUAGUAUCAUGAGGUCUAAGAGAUGGCUGUUUUUGUGUCUGGUGUACCCUGUUGCCAUGGUGCGGGAUGUCAUGGUCUGUCAUGCUGGGUUCCCUAGAACCAGUCUUCUAGCUCUAAUGGCCAGCGAUAGAUCAGUCCUCCACUGGUUGCCUUUUCUCCUCCUGUGCUUCAGCUUAUUCCAAACACUAGGGCAAGUUCCGCUAUUGAAUAUAUGCUCUUUUUCAUCAGAUUUUUGUGCAGCACAAGCUUUUCCUGCAAUACGGACUGUGAACCCAUGCAAGUAACAAUUUCUGCAAGAUUUUGACUACAAGUCAUAGAACAGCCUUGUUAUUUUGAAGCAUUUGUUCAUUGGCCAUUUAGGGACAAAUUGUUUAAUAAAUGUAUUUCUUAAUGCA